ACUGAAACCACUCUAUGUGCGGGUGAUCUUGUUUUAUAUUUUUCAAUUAUUGCUUGCCCCUCGUAUGUCGUCAAUCGCACAUUUUGGCAACCACUAUUCACCACCGAACCGGUUCGCGCAUGCCCAGUUGUGUUUGAAAGCCACACAUGUUUGAGGGGCGGUAACCAAACCAUAAAGCCGCAACUUUGACGUUUUGCCGAACGCGUUUUCUUUCAGUUUUGUUGAAGACGUCGUAGUGUGAGUUAUAUCGAGUGCGUGCAAAAAACCUCGCGCUAAAAAUUCAGGCGGUAACAAUACGAGCAGCAAUGGAGGAGGAAAACAACCAAUCUGGUAAACCUUUCAAAAUCACAAAUGUUACCAGAGAGAUCCGCAAAGGUAUAGUCUCAACAUCCCUAGAAGAUCUAACCUCCAAAGUUCUGGAUAAACUGGAGGUUGAGGCGCCGGUAACGGUUGUUUUGGAGGCGGACGGUACGGAAAUUGACGAUGAAGAAUAUUUCGCAACCUUGGAACCGAACACAAGUCUGAUGGUGUUAGGUAACGAGCAGACUUGGGUGCCCCCGACACCACCCUGUCGGCUGAAGAAACAGGAUGAGGUGGACGACGGUAGAGGAGGUCCAGAGUUGGUGGAUCUGGUGGGCAAGCUGAAGCACAACAUCUGUCACGUGUCUCUUUUAGGAGGUGAGGAGUUGGAGAUGCUCAGCGACAUGGACCCCGACUCUCUCGUCGACAUCACCUUUCCAGACAAGAUCUUCCUAGAGCAACUCAAAGAGGUCUCUGGGCGUUUCUUAUGUGAAAAGCGACAGGCGCAGGAUGCGAUGGACCUCCUAAGGCUCUACCAUGAGAAAGAGGCGGCUGAAGGAGAGGGGAAUUGAGGGAUAUGAGGCAAGAUUGAGAGAAUUGUAAUGGCGAAAUAUCCUGAACUGAAAUACUUAGGGAAGUUGAUGCUGCUCUCUUCGUUCGUAAUACGACUUGCGCCAAUGGAAUAUUAUCUUCUUCAGAAGAGGCUUCCCGUUGGGAUUCAUGGUUAGAGUUUGAUGCUUUGUCAAACAUCAUUGAAGUUGCAAAAUCAGUUUCUUUAAAAACAUUUUCAUCUAUAGGCCAAAUGCCACUAGCACGAAAAGCGUUCUGUGCAUUUCUCACUGUUGCAGCAAGCCCAUAAGCCUCUCCAAUUAUCCCGGAAACCUGAAACAUUGAUACAGUGCGACCCACGUUAUUCCGCAACCAUUUUUGAAUGCAUUGUCCAUAAACAUUUUGAAAGGCUCUGAAGAAUCCAACAUCCAACGGUUGAAGUCUGUGUGUGGUGUGACUGGGUAACUGCAAUAAUCUAAUUCCAUUAUCCCUGGCAAUCCGUAGAGCUUUUAGGUUUUUACUGUGGGUGCUGUGGCCGUCCAACAAUAGCAAAACAGGGGUGUCAGGGCUUGGCUUAACUGUUUCAAUGAAAUGAUUAAGCCAUGUCACAAAAAGAUCGCUAUUGAUAUAUCCAGUAUCGCUAAUAGUGACAAUGCUGCCAGGCGGAGCACCUAAUGAAAGUUCCUCUUGAAAACGUUUCCUCUUAAAAAUUAGCAUGGGUGGUACAAACUGCCCUGCUGCACUUGCAUAACAAACCAC